AUGUUUUUAUUAACUCUCAUAAUCUGCCAAAUAAUUGCCUCCUCAGCAAAGGUUCUUAACGAUCCUAGUAUUCAAAACUUGGAUCAAAAUAAUGAGAUUGUAGUUUUGGACGUAGACAAAGCCAGCGGAACGCAUGAAAAACAUGUAGAAGUAUGGGACGAUCCACUAUGGGUCCUAAAAUUAAAUGACCGUGAGUUGAAUUUCACCUAUCUGAGGUCAGCCACUGAGGAUGAGGAAGAGAACUUUGAUACUUUCAUAGGGCCUAUUAUACAUAGACAUCCUCUGGCGUACUACAGUUACAAACAACGCCAAGCAUCUCGAAGAGUAAAAAAAGAUGACCCGAAUAAACCAUACCCCAUUGAUCAAAUAUUGAAAGAUAUACCUGCAAACAAUAGAGAAGUUAAUCAUGAGGAAUGUAGCGGUGAUCUGAAAAAUGAAGUCAUAAAAAUUAUCAAUAAGUUUGUGCUGUCAUUCCAUAACCAGCCGGAAUCGCAUCAGUCCGAAACAAAAGAAGCAUACAAAACUCCUACAUUGACUCUUUAUUUCAAAGGUCCAUUCACAGCGUUAUUGGUCAAUUACGAACAUAAUCAGUGGCAAUUUUUCGUUAAGCCUCCAUCUCCGCUUCCGAAAUGGUUCUACAACGAGCAUUCCAAUAUAACUUUAGAUAAAUACGGAAUGUAUGUAAACAUUCCAGAUGAAGUCAAAGAAGAAUUUUACGAGAAAUUACUUAAUUUGUUAAAUAAUUUAUUCAGUUUUCCAAUUUAA